CUCGCAUUGUUCAGCGAUACUGGAGUUGAGGGGAAAGUGGAAGGUCGACAGAGAAUACUACGGCGAACUCUCUCUUUUCCCAUUACCACUGUGACUUUGGAGUGUGUCUAAAACGCAGUUUCAGCGAAAAGGACUUUUUUGUGUUCAUCCCGAAAUUCAUCAACUUCAACUUGAGCCCGGGAGGCUACGAUGGCAAUGCAGAUGGGUGAUGAGGGCGUGGUGAAGGUGGCAGAAUGGCAGCAGACGUACUACUCUUCAGACUCGGGCAUCCAGUCGGGAGCCACCACCGUGCGCACUGACGAUGACGGCGGAGACUUCACCAAGCAGUACACCAUCACCACCACAGUCACCGCAGACCCUGCAGCCGAGCUGGACGCCCAGUACACCAUGACGCGGGCGCAGCGCGUGCGGGCCGCCAUGUUCCCCGAGACGGUGGCGGAGGGCACCACCAUCCUGUCCACGCAGACGGACGCCUCGCAGAUGACCAACGUGCAGCGGCUGGCCGAGCCCUCGCAGCUGCUCAAGGCCGCCAUCGUGCACCUCAUCAACUACCAGGACGACGCCGAGCUGGCCACGCGCGCCGUGCCCGAGCUCACCAAGCUGCUCAACGACGACGAUCAGAUGGUAGUGAACAAGGCGGCGCUGAUCGUGAACCAGCUGACACGCAAGGAGGCGUCUCGGCGCGCGCUGAUGCAGUCCCCCCAGAUGGUGGCGGCGGUGGUGCGGGCCAUGCAGAACACCAGCGACAUGGAGACCGCGCGGGCCACGGCCAGCAUCCUCCACAACCUGUCCCACCAGAGGGAGGGGCUGCUGGCCAUCUUCAAGUCCGGGGGCAUCCCCGCACUCGUACGCAUGCUCAGUUCCCCAAUGGAGUCUGUGCUGUUCUACGCCAUCACUACACUCCACAACCUGCUGCUCCACCAGGAGGGCGCCAAGAUGGCCGUGCGUCUGGCCGACGGGCUGCAGAGGAUGGUGCCGCUGCUGAAGAAGAGCAACCCCAAGUUCCUGGCCAUCACCACCGACUGCCUGCAGCUGCUCUCUUACGGCAACCAGGAGAGCAAGCUGAUCAUCCUGGCCAAUGGCGGCCCGGAGGGACUGGUGCAGAUCAUGAGGAACUACAACUACGAGAAGCUGCUGUGGACCACCAGCCGCGUGCUGAAGGUGCUCUCCGUCUGCCCCAGCAACAAGCCCGCCAUCGUGGACGCAGGUGGCAUGCAGGCCCUGGGUAAGCACCUGACGGGCUCCAGCCAGAGGCUGAUGCAGAACUGCCUGUGGACCCUCAGGAACCUGUCCGACGCCGCCACCAAGCAGGAGGGCUUGGACAGCCUGCUGAUGGACCUGGUGACCCUGCUCUCCUCGGACGACAUGCACAUGCUGACGUGCGCCACCGGCGUGCUCUCCAACCUGACGUGCAACAACGCCCGCAACAAGUCGCUGGUGGUGCAGGGCAACGGCGUGGAGGCGCUGAUCCACGCCAUCCUGCGCGCCUCCGAGAAGGAGGACGUGGUGGAGCCGGCCGUCUGCGCCCUGCGCCACCUCACCAGCCGCCACCCCGACGCCGAGCUGGCCCAGAACGCCGUGCGCCAGCACUACGGCAUCCCCGCCAUCGUCAAGCUGCUGGCCCAGCCCUACUAUUGGCCCAUCAUCAAGGCUGCAGUUGGUCUCGUCCGCAACCUGGCACUCUGCCCAGCCAAUCAGGGUCCUCUGAGGGACGCAGGCGCCAUCCAACGAUUGGUCAACCUGCUGCUGAAGGCCCACCAGGACGCCCAGAAGCACGGCUCUGCCGCCCAGCAGACGUACCAGGAUGGUGUGAGAAUGGAGGAGAUCGUAGAGGGCUGCACAGGAGCUCUCCACAUCCUGGCCAGAGACCCGGCCAACGCUGCCGAUAUCGCCUCCAUGGAUACCAUCCCCCUGUUUGUGCAGCUGCUGUACUCCCCAGUGGACAACGUGAAGCGUGUGGCAGCUGGUGUGCUGUGUGAGCUGGCUCUGGACAAGCGCUCGGCCGAGCAGAUCGACGCAGAGGGAGCGUCCGCACCCCUCAUGGAGCUCCUGCACUCCAGCAACGAGGGCAUCGCGACCUAUGCGGCUGCAGUGCUGUUCCGCAUCUCCGAGGACAAGACGGCCGACUACAGGAAGAGGGUGUCCGUGGAGCUCACCCACUCGCUCUUCAAGCACGACCCCGCCGCAUGGGACAUGGCACACAAGACAGCACAGAUGAGCAACUAUGCAGCUGACGAAGUGGACGGCUAUGGCUACGGUGGGAUGCCGGAGGGCAUGCCCAUGAACGGUAUGCCCAUGAGCGACAUGCCCAUGGAGGGUGACAUGAUGAUGCCUGAGGACUAUGCUCCCAGCAUGCAGCAAUAUGGCUACCAAGAUCAGCCCUACUAACCAAACAGAUGUGUAAAGAUGAAUGGAGGGAUGAGACAAGCACAGAGAAGGUGAAAGGGGAGAAAGUAUGAGGGGGAUGAGUUCAGCUGACCCAGGGCGAAGGAGGAGGAGGAGGAGGAGGUGGAUUGGGUGUAAGGAGUCAUUCCUCGACGUCCACAACUGUAACACAACUCUGAUGUGAUACUAUGUAGCGCGCAACUGUACGCUGAGGACAAUAUAUACCUGCCGUCUAAAUACACACACACACAUACACACACACACACACACACACACACACACACACCUUCCUUUUAUUUCCCAAAACAUUGUCAUUCUUUUAUUUUGUUUUAUUUAGACAUUUUUACGGGAAAAAAUAUCAUUUUACGAAAGGGCUUUUUAAAGGGUGUGCAAUUGCUUCAUUUUUGUUUGUUGUUUAUUUCAUUUCACUCUUGCUUAGGUGAAUGGAUGGGGAACACUACUGUAUGCCAAAGAGAAUUUUGUUUUAUUUUCUUAUAACUAUGAUGACGGUAAUGAUAAUCAUUUUAACUUCUGAUUUUUAGUUGACACUGUUGUUUUUGAUCAUUUUAAUCGAAGAAGAAUGAACUGUAAAAAAAAUAAAUAAACUGCCAGCUGAGUGACUGAAGACAAGUUGGCGCAUAUACGUAGUAGUUAGCCCUGAUCUGGGGUGCAUUUCUCAAAACCAUAGUUGCUAACUACGUUAGCUACUUUGUUGUUUGGAAUGCAAUUUCCCAUAGGCAACUACCCAAGUUGCUAACUGGCUAGCAAUUACGCUUUCGAGAAAUGCAACCCUGACCUCAGGUAUGCCUUGGUGCCUCACUGAACAUUUUUUUACGGUUCGAAACCAUUGUAGGUGAGGCAGAUCUGAGGUCAGUUUGUUUGUUUUUUUGUUUACGUACAGUUGUUUGUUUUAUUUUCUUUUGGCCUGACACUGCGCUAUCAAUUGCCCUCCACUACACAGAACAUCUACUAUAUAGCACCUGUUGGUCUGUGACCAAAUCCUUAACUGGCUAAAACUGGCACAGUAAACUGUUGUGUCUGUAAGUAGGCUUGUACGAAAUUCUGAAUUGAAUGAAUUGAAAUUCAAAGUAAUGCCAUAAUACGAACACUAGGUGGUGUCAUUACCUUGAAUUUCUUUGAAUUUAAUUUAAUCUACACCACCCAUUGAGAGUACAUAGAACACCACCACCUAGUGUUCACAUUAUGGCAUUACUGUGAAUUUUAAUUCAUUCAAUUCAUCCAAUUCGGAAUUUCGUCCAAGUCUGGUCUGUAAGCAUGUGUAUAAUUGAUUGAUUGGUUGGUUGGUUGGUGGUUUAUUGUGAGUGAGCGUUUGUGUGAAUGAGUUGCUGAAACACAAGAGAGAGUAUGUAUGUAUGUAUCUUUUUCCUUUAUCUGAUUUUUUUUUAAAUGAGCAAUUAGCACUACACAAUAUGCAGAGUGACAGGAAUGGUCUUAAAACAUGGCUUGUGGCGAUUUAACAUAUUGCAUCUCCUGACAUAUUAGACGCUCUUUGGGGAUCAUCCUUUUGUAGAGACAUUGACAGAUAUGCAUUUUUCAGAAUGAAAGUUUUGAGGGGGUAUGGAUGUUUCUAGCAGGUAAAAGAUGUGCGAGUGAGUAACGAGAGUGCGAAAGAGUUGGAUUGUCACAGUCAUUUUCUGACUGCAGGAAAAUGUCAGGAGUUUGACCAUUUGUGACUGUUUAGACUCGCAAAUAAAGAUCGAUGGGAGUUUUUGUCUUUCUAGAAUGUUUUUACUUAAUAUUUUUUGUCAUAAGAAUAAAAUGAACUUGUCUAACAA